UGAAUGUAGAUACAAGUUUCAACUACAAAAAACCUUAAACUGGGUCAUUGAAGUCAAUUAGCAUGACAUGACCCACCCUGGCCUGAACAGGAAUAAGACAGAGAGGAAGGGGGGGGGGGAUUCGUGCCACACAGAGUUGUAUUGUUUCGUCCUUUGUAUUGGUUGCUUUGUUUGUAUAAUGUUACUGUUACGUAAGCCCAAACCAAGAUGGUGAUCCUCUUAAUAUGGGCGGGAACAAUCUGCCGUGGGACCAGUCAUUUUGUGGUUCUUGCAGCUCUGAGGGCUGCGCUGUUAUGGACACACACUUUGCAUAAUGUGUUUGUUAGAGAGCUCAGUGAGAAUGGAAGAAUUUUAAAUGGUUCGACAUGGUGAAAACCUAAACUCACAAGUCUGUGUGUGUGUGUGUGAUGUGAGGAAUUGUCCAAAGUAAAUUAUUAAUUGCUAUUAAGGAGGCAAAUAUGCAGAGAGCAUUUUACCCUGAAUGCACAGUGGUCCAGCCUGAAGAAGGCGAUACACUUUCCAGUAACCAAUCACAUCUUUCUAUAGGGCAAAAAAUUGUAAAUCUCAGAAUUAAAUUUGAUCUGCCAUCUCUAAGAGUUUCCUUAUUUGAACAUUUACCACACCAAAGGUGGGAUAACGUGAUCAAGUUUAAGGCCGUAAGGCUGUAUGGAGCAUUAAACAGCAUUAGAGAGCAUUAGCAAAAUAUUAUUGUUGACUACGGAAUAAUCCGUUAUAUAAGUGGUGAGUUGGGUUACAGGGGCUUGGGUUAGUGUGUCGUAAUAACCAAAAACCUAAAAGAAAGCCCAAAGGAAAGCAGAGGUGUGCAGCAAGGAGAACGAAAGGAGGGUUUGGAAGCAUAAAAGCGGGGCAUCACAAGACAUCGCUCUUCCCUCCAGAAUGAACAAAACUGGGAGAUCGUCACACUUAAAUCCUGCAACAUCUCAACCAUUCUUCACCGCCCACAGGGUACAGCACACUCGGCUAAAUGUCAUCUUGUGCAGAGGGUAAGGGAUUGCUUAAUUGUUCACCCACGAGCAGUUAGAAUCACAAGCAAAACGUGCUCAACAGCCCAGUUCUCUUUCUGGAGCAGCUCUGCCCUCCAGUUGUACUUUCCCCAGAGAUCAUGAGACGUUAGUGUGUAAUGACGUCUGUCCUGUGACAGAACUGGAUAGUCCUUUGCAUGAUGCUCUAUUGUAGAUCACACCAGAUGUAUGAAAGUUAUUGACACAUUCCAAUUUUAAUAGUUUUUUAUAGUACAUUUUUUAAGUACAUAUAAGCCCUCCUGGGCUGUCUCGCUGCACAUACUGAGGCAGUUGUUAUGGAUACAGUUGCUAUGGAAUGUAGCCUAGCAGGCUAAGGUUAUUUACUUUUUUUUAUUGCUAUUGUGUUCUAUUGAUUUCAAUCAUUCUGAUUUUUUUAUUUUACACCUAUUUUCAUAAUGGAACGUUUUGUGCAAUCACUGAACAAACUUUCAGGCUUUGAUAGUUCCUCUACCUUCUGCCGUCCCGAGAGUUUUGGAGAGAUGUUUGCGGCGAAUUGUGAAGUAACACUUUUAGCAUUUAGGCUGCAGGGUAUUCACACCCAGGAUCAACUCCCCAAAGAAUACGACCCCCUGUUGUUAUCAAACCUCAUCAGACAGAACUGAUCAAAUUUAUUUUUGGUGACAAUGGAUUGGUUGCUGCGUCCGAGGUAGCUGGUAGACAAACUUCUCUGCUAAUGAAGCGGAGCAAAGGCGGUCACCGGGCUGUUGAUGGUAAUUCUUUGUUGAAGGCCAAUGCGGCAUGUCUUAGCUUGCGCCCAAAGGGUUUAAACGUCGAACUACACUCUGCUUACCAGCCUCUUGAGAGUGUCACCAUCCAGCACCGUCUUUUCUUUAAUGAAUGGUUGUGAUGUUGAGUCAUGGUUGCUCAUGGUACACUGUGUUUUCAGUAGACGACAGGACGUUGCAGGGCCAUCAAUGGGGAUUAAUAAUGACGGGCACGUUCAUGCAUCGUUUCAGGCCACUAGCAGGCGCAGAGGGCAGAGUCGUGGCACUUCUGCGUUUGGUGUGAGCUCGGCUUCAAGCAGCUCUGGUCCUCAUUUAGCAAUAUCAGGUGGAUUUGUUUUUCUGGCGACCCGCUCCCCAUAAUUAGAACACCCAGGAGGUUAACAUUCACUUUAAAUGUUAGCAUUUUGCAGAAGGUUUUAGGUUUAGGUGUAGGAAAGUGCAGCCCCCCCCCCUCCCGUAGAGGGCCACGAGGGGCAGUGACACAAGAGGAGGAGGGGGGGGGAUGUUUUAAUAAGAUUGGAGAGAGCCUUUUUAAAACAACCUUAAGGUGUUUAAUAUUUAAAAAAUCUGAAGACAGACUGUCCCCAAAGUUUGUUUGGUUCACAACGGUGAUUAUGAAGCAUUACUUUUGUUGUUUUCAUGAGCCGUUGGCCUUUGUGGUGGCAUAGGGUUUGUGUUCGAUCCAUUUGAACUUUGACCUUUUCAUCUUAUUGGACCUCAACACUGACGUUGUUCCUGUCGGCUUGGGGAAAGGGGGGAGUUGGGAAUGGAGUCAGGACUAGGGUGGGAGUUGGGAUGAGGGUUAGGUCUUGGUUUGACCUAAUAUAAAAAAUAUAUUUAUAUAAAUUAAAGAAAUAUAUUUAAAGAAAUGUAAGCAAUCAAAGCAAUGCUCAGAUGUUUGUAGGUAAAAUAUUUAAUUUUCUUUAAAGAUAUAAAAACCAUAAAAGCAAAAAAAAAACUAAAAAUUAAAAGGCAGCAAGAAAACAUGAGGAUGCAAUCAGCGCAUUCCUAACGUUUCAGCCCAACAGCCUUCAGAGGAAUACAUGACAAACAGGAGUAUGUGUAGAAGAGAGAAGGAGGAGGAGUUUGAGAAAGAGCUUCUGGUUGGUUUAAAACCUUCACCCCACCUGUAUUGAUCACUUCAACUGAUGUUUUGCAUUUUUCCCUGUGUGUGGAGAGAGCAUUAAAAACAAAUACAAAGGCAGUAUGAGAGGGAAAAGUGCUCCAUUGAUUCCUUGAAGUUAAACAAACAAACAAAGAAAAAAUGUCCAGUUCUGUCUGUGCACACAUGACACACCGAAAGGCAUCCCCGGAGCAGAGAUUGGACGAGCAGAGAUUGGACGAGAGAAAGAAACCACUUCUUUACCACCCUCACUUUUUUCCCACCGCUCACUUUUCAUCAACCACCCGACCUGGAAUGGAUUCCGGGCGCCCGUUUGGACCAGUGGUGCCUACACCCUGGAACAUCAGCUCCAUCAGUCCGCACCGGCUCAUGGAAGUGUCUCCCGUCUCAACAGCUGUAAGUAUCAGCCGACUUGAUUUUUGUUGUUCAUUUGUUGGUUUUGUUUUGGUCUGUUUGAAAUGAAUACCCCUCGUGAGAGCGUCUACGCGUCGCAACAUGCGUAACGGCAAAAACAUCCGAUCCACCUAAAAACGAACUUGUCAGGUGUGCGUUAUUUUGCCAUGUUCAUUCCUUUGUUACAUCAUUUGAGCAAUACCGUAUGUGGUAGGUGUGGUUGUGCUUGAUGAUGAAUGAAGGAAUCCCACGCGCUCCAUUCGUUCACUACCGGAACUGGAUGCGGGCGGGCGGGCGUAAAAAGCGUCACCCGUCAUCUCUGGGGUUUCCACUGCUUGUAAAAAUGUGUAUUUAUGUAUUUAUAUACUUCAUCUAUGUGGUGAAAGUGCACAUCGUAUAUUUUGCAACAACGUCUGUGCACACGUCUCAAAUGAGAUUCGUGCGUUACGAAUUGAGAAUUUUUCGCACAAAAUAGCGGUUAUGUAGAUGAAUUUAAUCACAGCGUAUGCUCCAACAAUCUUAAACGUAAACAUGUCCUAAUCCUAAUUUACCGCAAGUUGCAGAAAAUGGUAGAAAAAAGCACAAAGACAUUUACCUGGGUUGGAUGCUGUUUUGAAUUGUUGGUUAGUCCCAAUAUUGCUUAAUCUAAAGCUUUGUAACCAUGCAAACUGUGACAUCACUGACACCCCCAUUCAAUCUCCCCCACUCACCUUAGAAGGAUUUGUGUUGAGAAUAAUUUCAUAGCCUCCAUCUCUGCGAGAAUAGGUGAUUUAUUCCCCUCUGUACUGUAUGUACAACAUAUUGAAAAGAGAGUAGUGAAUGAACUAUUCCCAGAGGGUCCCAUUGUUUCAGAGAGAAACAGCUCUUUGCAAGACACAAUGGUGCAACUCAUGGUAAAUCUUCAACAAGUGUGAAUGGUUCGGCUUGCACUGUGAGGUGUUUCUCUGUGAUCCGUCCUUUGUUUGCUCAGCAGUUGAUUCAAUUGUUAGCUGGUAAUCGCAAACACUUACCGGCCAACUUGCUCGUAAUGUGUAGCAGGUGAUCAAUUAUGCACACUGUAAAAAAAAACGUUAAAAAGUCAAAUGACUGGCAGCAGCGGCUGCCAAACAAAAACCGUAAAAUUAAGGUCAAAUAACUUAACUCAAAUUAAGUGCGAAAACCCAUAAAUUUACAGGAAUUUUCCUUAACAACUUUACAGAGAAACAAAUUUAUUUUAAAGAUUUUCUCUGUAUUAUUACGAUCAAUAAAGUGAUAUCACUACAGAGCCACAAACCUCCUUUUGUGGCUUUGUAGUCCAUGAUUAUUUCUGGUUUCUGAUGCUGCAGGCCACAGAUUCUUCCAUCCCUGUGCAGGGACGUGUCAGUCGUGUAGACAAACUUAGACAAGUUGAUGGGCCUGUUCUUUGUAGGCAGCAAUUUAGGAGGGAGCUCAGACCGUUUUUCUUUUCAUCGUUCCCACCAUGGUCAGCUUCCUCUUUAGGAGCUUCUGUUCCAGCUUGUACGAUGUAAAUUUUUUUAUCCCAUGUGAUUUUAUGUCGACUGAGUCUCUGAGCCAUGUCCAGGACAACUCUCAUCCCUUGACCCACACUUAGAGCAGGCCCAGACAUGAGGAGGACAGACUCAAGGUUUCCGUUGCUCCGGCCUACAUAUUUCCAACAGUAGACGUUCCAGAUCACGCUCACUACACCAUCGGUGUUGUCAUCCUGGUCGUGGGCAUCACAGGCAUGCUGGGAAACUUCCUAGUUAUAUAUGCUUUCUGCAGGAGCCGGAGCUUGCGGACGCCAUCAAACAUUUUCAUUAUCAACCUUGCAGUCACAGACUUCCUCAUGUGUCUUACUCAAGCACCUGUCUUCUUUAUCAACAGCAUGCACAAGCGAUGGAUCUUUGGAAAAAAAGGGUGUGAGAUUUAUGCCUUCUGCGGAGCGCUGUUUGGUAUCUGCAGUAUGAUGACACUGAUGGUUAUUGCGGUGGACCGCUACGUGGUGAUCACCAGGCCUCUGGCCUCCCUCGGCUUGAUGUCUCGCAGGAAAGCCCUGGGAAUCCUGGCCGCUGCCUGGGUCUACUCCGCAGGGUGGAGCCUUCCUCCCUUCUUCGGCUGGAGCGCUUAUGUUCCAGAGGGCCUGAUGACCUCUUGCUCCUGGGACUACAUGACGUUCACCCCGUCCGUCCGCUCCUACACCAUGCUGCUCUUCACCUUUGUCUUCUUCAUCCCCCUCUUCAUCAUCAUCUUCAGCUACUGCUGCAUUUUCAGAGCCAUCCGGCACACAACGCGAGCAAUAACAAAGAUUAACUGCCAGGGAAAAAGAGACUCAGCAAAGAGGUUCCAUAAGAUGAAGACUGAAUGGAAGAUGGCCAAGAUUGCGCUCAUCGUCAUCCUGCUAUUCGUCAUCUCUUGGGCUCCUUACUCCUGUGCGGCCCUCACAGCAUUCGCUGGCUAUGCCGAUUUUUUUACUCCCUACAUGAACUCUGUUCCUGCUGUGAUAGCCAAAGCAUCGGCGAUCCACAACCCCAUCAUAUACGCCUUAACACAUCCUAAAUACAGGUCAGCCCUGGGCAGGUACAUCCCCUACCUUGGGGUAUUGUUGUGCGUUACUGGCAGAGGCCGUUUCAGCAGCAGCAGUUUCCGUUCAACGCGCCAAUCAGAAAGCAAAAGCAAGCCCCGCAACUCCUUCCAGUCUGAGAGCGAAUCAGCCCACUUCUCGGACACGGAGGAGGAAUGCCCCUCCCGGACGCCUGGCGGUCGUCAGAUGUCCGGCAAUGUUAAGCAGAUCCGCCAUUGCAGCCAGAGGACAAAGACUGUGAAUGAACCUGAAGACAUCUCCAUGUCGGACAUCAGCCUGAAGCCAACCACUCAUCUUCCUGCUACUUUGGACACCGGGAUGGAAGAGUCUCGGCCAAGGACUUCAUGUAAGACAACGGAACCUGUCAUUGUCACCUCCAUGUCCAGCCCGUCUGUAUUGCAGAGCCCCUCGGGUUUCCCUGGCAACCAAGGAGAAUGUUGACAUAGAGAGCCCUGCAGACCACAGCACUAAACAGGUGGAGGAAUGUGUGUAUGGUUUAAUAUUUCCUUUCAUGGGGAUUUUUAUGUACAUGUGUGCUUGUGCUGGUAACUUAAUUAUUGUUUGCAUACAGA